AUGCAUGAUCCUGAGUCCAUGAAAGAUAUCUUGCAAAGGCACAAGAACAGUCAGCACCCACCGGAAUUUGAGGAGAAAGGGCUAUGUGCUGUUUAUAAACCAUUCUGGGCUGAUAUGCCUCACACUGACAUUUUCCUGGCUUUCACACCCGAUCUUUUGCACCAAAUUCAUAAAGGUGUGUUCAAGGAUCACCUCGUUAAGUGGUGUCUUGAAAUUAUUGGGGAGGAAGAGAUGGACGCACAAUUCAAGGCAAUCCCAGAUUAUCCUGGACUUCGGCACUUCAAAAAAGGUAUAUCAACUGUGAAGCAAUGGACAGGAAUGCCUAGUCGGGUCUUGGCGGUGGCGUGUUCAAUUCUCAAUUUCUCGUAUUACUCGCAGCUGCAAAUUCACACAGCUGAGUUGCUGGAAGCCCUACAGACUGCCUUAGCAGGAUUUUACACUAAUCAAGCCAUACUCAAGGAACUCGCGAUAUGUGAACAUUUCAACAUACCCAAAUUACACCAACUCACCCAUUACAUCCAGUCAAUCUCAUUAUUUGGUGCAACUGAUGGCUUUAACACAGAACUUCCUGAGCGCUUGCAUAUAGACUUUGCAAAGGACACUUACCAUGCUAGCAAUAAACAAGAUUAUGAGGAACAGAUGGUUUUGUGGCUUCAAUUCCAGGAAGCUGUCUUCCUACGCAGUGCAUACCUUGAUUGGCUAUCACGAUGGCCUGCAGGUCACACAGUGGACUCACACUCAGAUUUGGAUUUGGAUUUGGAUUUGGAUUUGAGGUCAGAAGAAGCAGAGGCUGCUAUUGCUUGCGCAACACCCACAGAUCAGUUUCAAGUGACCCAUGUCCUUGCCAAGACCCCAGCACAUCCACACCAAUCUGUUCCAAAUAUUGUAGGUGCACAUGGCACAACUGAUUUUCUCCCUGCUCUCCAAUCUUUCCUUUGCAUGAAUAUCCCGCACAACACCCUCGUACCAGGCAUUCAGGACCAUUUUGACAUUUUUUGUCAAGUGGUCAUUGUGACGCCACCUGCUUUUCAAGUCAGCAAUGCACCAAUGUGCAGGUGCAUUAGAGCAAUGCCAGAGAGACUUGCAUUGGGACGGAAGCCUGGUUGUCCAGCUCAAUUUGAUAUGGCAUUGAUAUUGGAUGGUCCUCGCACUCCACACUUGCAUACUCUGGAUGGUGUGCGAGUGACUCAAGUUCGCGCUAUAUUCUCACUCCCUUGUCAGUUUGGCAAAUACUCAAGAGCCCUUGCUUACAUAGAGUGGUUCACACCUUUCAGAGCACCAGACCCUUCAUCUUGA